AUGGAGGUCAGGCUGCUGAGCGCCAUCCUGGGCAUCAUCGCAGUGCUGCCAGCCGGGUGGGCCCUGGAGGACCUUGACCAGCGCAAGAUCGGCGGAUUCUGGCGGGAAGUCGGCGUGGCCUCAGAGAAGAACCUGGCGCUGAAGACCCCGAGGAGGGCAGAGGGGGUGUUUCUCACUGUGAGCGGGAGCAACCUGACUGUGAAGGUGGUGUUUAACAACUCCGGAAGCUGCGAGACAGAAACCACAGUGGGCUCAGACAGAGGCACCUCAGGGUUUGCUUUUCCUGGCCACAGGGAGAUGCAUGUGCUGGACACGGACUACACGCGCUACGCCAUCCUGCGGCUGUCCUUGCUGUGGCGGGGCCAGGACUUCCACGUGCUCAAGUACUUCACUCGGAGUCUGGAGGAUGAGGAUGAGCUGGGCUUCAGGAAGUUCCGGGAGUUGACAGCGGACACCGGCCUCUACCUGGUGGCCCGGCAUGGGAGGUGCGCGGAGCUUUUGAAGGAGGUGAGCAGUGUCCUCAGCUGCAGCCCCCGGCCCACCCAGCCCUGA